AUGCUUUCUGCAAUUCUAGCGCUAUUGGCGGCCUCACUGGCUGAGGCUGCUCCAACAUCUGCCGCGCAACAAAUACUCUCACAGGCGGACGUCUCAAAAAUCGGCAAGCAAGAAGACAUCUUCCCAUAUUUGGCUGGCUCUGCUCCUCACUUCUCAUACCCGUUAAGCUACGGUAUCCCAAAGGAUGUUCCUGAGCAAUGCACCCUCCAGCAAGUCCAGCUAUUUGCAAGACAUGGGGAGAGAUAUCCUACACAGAGCGUGGGUUCCAAAAUUGCCAGCACUUACUACAAGCUCGGCAACUACUCGUCAGACUUGAGCGGAGCCCUAUCCUUUAUCAACAACGACUACGAGUUCUUUGUCCAAGACGCCAAUAACUUCGAAGAGCUCACCACCUGGGACAACAUUCUAGACCCUAUUAACCCAUACGUCGGUGAAUGGGACGCCCAGAAACACGCCCGUGAGUUUUUGUAUCAAUACGAGGAGCUUCUUGGCAACAAGACCUCCUUCCCUAUUUUCACCUCUAACUCCAAGAGAGUUCACGACACUGCCAAAUUCUUCGGCAAGGCGCUCGGUGACAAGUACAACAUCAGCUUACAAAUCAUCGACGAGGAUCCUUCCUCUGGUGCAAACACUCUAACUCCAAUUGACUCUUGCACGGUCUACAACGAAACCGAAAAAGCGGCUGUGUACUCCAAGUUCACGGACAAGUACUUGACCGACAUUGCCCACAGAUUGAACGACGAAAACAAGGGUUUGAAUCUAACCAAAAGUGAUGCCACCAACCUUUUCUCUUGGUGUGCUUACGAGAUCAACGUCAAGGGCUACAGUAACGUUUGUGACGUUUUCACGGCCGACGAGUUGACAUACUUUGCCUACUACGACGACUUGACCAGUUACUACUACCACGGUCCUGGUAACUCCUUGGGACCUACUGUUGGUUCCGUCAACUUCAACGCGUCUUUGGAAUUGUUGAAGCAGCACGAGCAGCUUGACAACAAAGCUUGGUUGAGUUUCACCCACGACACCAACAUCGUCAACUACCUCGGUUCCAUUGGUAUUUUCGACCCAGGUCAUGCCAUGCCCGUCGACUACGUGCCAAUCAAGGACCAUAUCUACCACAAGUCCUGGAUGGUUCCACAAGGUGCCAGGGUUUACACUCAAUUGUACCAAUGCUCCAACCAGUCAUACGUGAGAUACGUCGUCAACGACGUGGUGAUUCCAGUCGAGAAGUGCUCGUCUGGUCCUGGGUUUUCUUGCGAGUUGAACAGCUUCAUCGACUAUGCGCAGUCCAGAAUGAACGGAUCCAACUACGUGUCUGCGUGUAAGAUCAACAGCUCGAGCAACCAAACGUCUCUCACCUUCUACUGGGACUACGAGCAAAAGCAAUACAACGCCAGCUUGAUCCACAAAUAG